CUGAGAGAAACCAGAAAACACAAAUGCUUACAUUUCGUGAUCAGCUGUACACAUUUCAAGAGUUCAGUAAGGCAGAAAAGUUUGAUCCCGUGUUUAAUGGCUGGUCAAAGUCAGAUCUGACUGACGUAUCGGUAGAUAACGCCAUCGUGACCGUUGUCAAGGGGGAUAUGUACGCUAUUGAAGUUAACAAACCUGUUGGACAGUCUACUAUCAAGAGAUACAAUGUGGAGCUUUGUACAUGGCAAACAGUUGUGGAAUCUCCUCAAGGCUGUAGAAACGAUUCCUGUGUGGUCGCGGUUGGCAGCUAUCUAUACCUUAUGGGUGGAUCGGCCCCUGGUGAUGCUCAGUACGUCACUAAAGCUGAGAGAUUCAACACUGUGGAAAAGCAAUGGGAGGAAAUCGCCGACAUGCAGCAAGGAAGAGGUGGGGCCUUCGGAGAGGUUUCUGGAGGAAAGAUUUUUGUUGCAGGAGGCGUCAACCAAGAAGGGAAAGUGUCAGAAAGAUGCGAGAUGUACAACGUCUCUACAAACGAAUGGCAGUACAUUGGAAGCUUGAAUCAUGGGCGUGUUUAUGGUAGCAUGGUGUGCCUGAAGGAAACACUGUACGUACUGGGUGGCAGUGAAAGCAGUUUGAGGGCAGUUGAAAGCUAUGACUCAACAAAAGACAAGUGGAUUGAGACGACAGCCAUACCAAUGACAAGCUUCCCUGACGAAACUGAGAACACAUUCACUUGCUGUGUACUUAAGAUCUUCAAAGGAGUAGUGGACAAAGCCGAGCUUUUCCCCAACCUAACUGGGUUCUCCGUUUCUGUUACGCAGUCCCAAUCUGCCUUUGGUACUGGGCUCUUCGGUUCUGGUUCGCCAGGCUUUGGUACUAGGCCCUUCGGUUCUGCAUCGCCGUCCCAAUCAGGCCUUUGUUUUGGUUCUGGUUCGCCAGACUUUGGUAUUAGGCCCUUCGGUUCUGCUUCGCCGUCCCAAUCAGGCCUUUGUUUUGGUGUCCCACGGUCCCAACCCGUAUCUAACCGGCCUGCAGGCUUUACUUUCGGUACCCCGCGGUCCUAACCAGUACCUACCACUAGAAGCAUUUGAAGUACUACGCAGUCUCAUGGGACCUGUCUGUGCUCUUUUUCCGGUUAAAUUUCGUGACUGUAUUUGAAUCGGCCAAGGACGUCUAAAUCAAGUUUUCUAAGACAUACAAUUCCUUUCUCUUGAUGUCCAAGGAACACUAAAUCUUACUCCAUAGAUAAAAGAGAAAAUAGACAAAGAAAAAAUAUAAUUUUAGCCAUUCGGUGGGGCGUUCUUCACGUCUCGGUGUCGAGAUUUUACAACUGUUAUCGAAAGGAUAACGUAUCCAACAAGUAGGAUUUUAAAAAUCGCCAGACUGUCACUGUCCUCAAAAUUACACAGGUUAGUUACAGAUUUGUUAAUUACUAGAGCUUUCAACAAAAUUAAAGGCGCAUGCGUAAAGUUACUAUUGCAGUUGAAUAUUAUUUGACAGUUGCCCAUAGCCACAAGUUUCUUUCUUAUUAACAUUUAGAUACCAAGGAACUAUUAUUAAUACUUUCAGUAAAUGAAAACCCAGCAAUGCCUUAAGGAACUUUAAAUUUUAAUCGACUAAAGAAAGCAAGGUGUGGGAACGAUCAGUUUUUUUUUUAUACGAUGUGUUCAUUAGAAAAAAGAGAGAUCCACAAAAAGGCGUAUUUUUUGUUUCACAAUGAUUAAAGGCAAGAAGCAUGACAGGUGUAGAUACGUUGACAAUGCUUUGCAGUUUGUUGAGUGAAUACAAAGUACUUAUUGAGUAAGAAGUAAAAAAUAAAGUUUGUGACAUCUCAA